CCAAUCAGCUUCCAGUUUUUUUUUCAAAGCUUAAUUGAACAAGCUGAAGUUAGAAGCUGAUUGGCUACCAUGCACAGCCGCACCAGAUUUUGCGCUCUCCAGUUUUAGUAAAUCACCCCCAUAGUGGUAUAUUAACCCCCCUGGUGGUAUUCCCGAGUCUAGCUUGGGGUAAAGUUUCAGUACCACAAGCGGUAACCCCGAGCUACACUCGGUAAUACCAUGCGGCGCUGCUCUGGGAUCCCUCGAUCACUUACCUUGUCCUGCGCUCCCACGAUGUCCCUCCUGCAGUGUGCCCGGCAAUGUAAUCCGGUGGAUGCCGGCAUCUGUCAUCUGGGUUCCGUCCCCUGCGAGCGUUGGGACGUAUGGGGAUGGAACGGCGGGAAAUUUGAAAAUGACAAAAAGUGACAUUCACUAAAUACACUAA